ACUAUCGCCCAAGAAUUGACAAGAGUGGAAGAAGCAGUUGUGUUACUGUCAAUCCAUUGUAGAAAAUUUGCUUAUCAAUACGCUAGUAUGGCUGUUAUUUUGAUAGCAAGCAUUGUAACUAUGGUCCUACUUCAACCGUGGUCUGUUAAUAACCCUAUUGUAGAACUUAAUGACCAAGAAUUUCUGUUUGAUCCAUCUGAUCUAGAGUUUUUAGAUUUUGAGGAUUAUUCGCUAAUAUGUAUGCUGUUUGAAAACUUUCCAUGGAAAACUAUUUGUAAAGUUUUGACGUUGAUCGCCGGCGACUAUGUAGUUCUCCAGAUUUUAUGGAAAAGGAGAAACACAGUACGUCAAUGGGAUGUAUUAAUCUUCAAUGAACCCCUGGAAAAUCCUUGGGAUGAACUUAUAGGACAUGCAUUUGAUAAUCAAAAAUCUGUGAUCGAUAACGAAGCGACAAAGAUGACGAAGAAAGCAGACUUUUAUAUUCAACAUUAUUCAUAUUUUUGAUAAUAAAUUUUACGUUAUUUGACUACCUUCAUAAA